AUGUUGGGCCUCACCUUCUUCUUCGGCGUCUCGGUCGUCCUCGGCCAAUAUCAGCAGCCCCAGUCAGCGCGGCCAUCUCAUCACUACACAAACUACUAUCAGUCCACCAACUAUUCUCCCCGACCUCAACAACCCCAAUAUCCCCAACGACAACUCCAACCCAGCUAUCCCCAACAACAAUCUGUGCAAGUUGUCCAUCAUUACAGCACGACGGUCUCCCCUUACUCAACCUCAGUACGACCUACCCAUCCCACUCACAACGCUCAUUACACUACUCAUCAAGCCAACCGUCAACCAGCUCCGGCCCAACAAGCGUCUAGACACGGUGGAUGUAAUGUCCCUCCCGAUUUCUGGUGUGACAGUUAUGAGAUGGCCCAGAGAUGUGAUGUAGUUAAGCAAUGUGAACAGUUCAAACUGGACCGAAGACCUCUGACAGUGACUUUAAUGUAUGAAGCGUUGUGUCCUUUCUGUCAGCGCUUUAUCUCCAAUCAUCUGGGUAAUCUUUUCAACACCUACAGGGGAAAAGUCGAAAUCGAAUUGGUCCCUUGGGGCAACAGCAGGCUCUUGAACGUAAGUGGAUCUCUGCAAUUAAUAUUGCCAAGAUAAAAAUUAGUGAAGAUAUCUGUUUGAUAAAAAGAAUUACUUUUUUUUCAGAAUGGCCAGAUCUCCUGUAACCAUGGCCAAACAGAAUGUGACGCCAAUCGGUUAAUGAGCUGCGUAAUCGAUGUGGUGAAGACAAAACAGGCUAUCCCAUUUAUAAUCUGCUUCGAAAGACAACUCGGAACUUAUCCCCAAGUCCAGCAAGCGAUGCAUCAUUGCUCUACCUUCAUCAGCAAUGCUUACAGAGAGAUAAAAGAUUGUUUUGAUGGAGAAAAAGGAAGACAAUUGCAACGACAGGCUGCUUAUAGAACGAUGAAUAUGAGAGCCCAUCCGAUCAUCGAGGUCCCUUACAUCGUCAUCAAUAAUUACAGUCCAUCUACGGACGCCAAUGGUCUCAAUAUUAUGACUAUUCAGAAUCAGCUACAGAAGUGGAUCAACAUGAAGAACAAGGCCUAA